GUUCCGUGCCUCCAUAUGGCUCCUGUGAAGAUCAGCCACGUGGUAUCAUUCUCCUCUCAGGACUCCAGGUACCCCGUGGAAAACCUGCUGGACCUAAAUGAACCAAUAAGGCCUUGGCUCAGCUCCCCUCGAGACCACAGUGGGCAGCUCAAGGUGGAACUGCAACUAGAACGGGCUGUGCCCAUCAGUUACAUUGAUGUGGGGAACUGCGGCUGCGCCUUCCUGCAAGUGGACGUGGGCCGCUCCUCCUGGCCCCCAGGCACGCCUUUUCUGACCCUGCUCCCCAUGGCCACGCUGAUGUCGCCCGCUGACUCCAAGAUGGGGAAGAACCGAGCAGGGGUUCGCAUGUUUAAAGAUGGGGAUUUUCUGGCCUCAGCAGCAAGCGAGAGCUGGGAUAGGCUUCGAGUGACUUGCAGCCAGCCCUUCAACCGUCAACAGUCCUUUGGCCUCAUGUUCCUGCGGGUACGCUCCCUGCUGGAGCCCAGAGAGGAGCCUGAGAGUUCUCAAGCCCCUGACCAGAGCCAGGUGGAGCCCUCCAGCCAAGAGUCUCAAGCCAGCCCUUGGCUUGACAGCCCUGCCAUCCGGAGGACAUUCUUCCCAGAUCCACAGCCGAGCUUGGAGCAGGUGACUGAGCUCAGGAGUCGCCUGCAGCAGCUACAGCCUGGGGCUUUAGGACGCUCAGCUCACAUGGUGCUUUCUGCUGCCUGCCGGGCCCUUCCAUCUACCUCAAAGAGCCGUAGGUGCCACCAAGGAGAAACAUCCCCCAACCCUACAGCCAGCUCAGAUGUCCCUGAGGCCGAGGAGCAGGGGUCAUUGGAGCAGAACUCAAAGAAUGAAUCAAGUAGAACAAAGAGACAGAAACUACAAAACUCAGGGAGAAGGUCUCCAGUCGCCUCACGUCCACGGCAACACAGGAAGGUGAGGCCGGCACGGCAGCCUCCCCAGCCCCCCCAGCCACAGACCAGUAGUGACCAUGGUCAGGAGAGUGGCCGGUGCCCCAUCUGUGCAGGGUCCUUCAGCUUUGAGGUCCUUCCCCUCCAUGCUGCCACCUGUGGAGAGACCCCCCCACCUCAACAAGCCUCACCCUCCUCCUCUUCAUCGUCCUCAUUGUCUCCAUUUUGGACUCAAGCCUCUCCGCACUCUGAGUCCUCUCCAGAGAGCUCACCACCCCCUGCCUGGGUGCAGUGUCCCAUCUGCCAGUACCGCUUCCCAGCGAGGGAGGUGGCAUGGCAUGCCAGCAGGUGUGGGGAGCCUCCUGAGAACCCUUGGACGGGCCUGAACUAGACCUUCAUGCCACGUGCUUUGACUUCCUGCCCACAGCCAUCUUGCUAGACUCCAGGAUGUGGAGGAAGAAGCUACAAGGAAGAGGCGGAGGGGGCUUGCGGCUAGGGGUCCCAGCCUCUCCCCACCCCCACCUUCGUUCCCCUGAUGAUUGUGAGAGAGCCUGAAAUGGCAGAACCCAGGCUUGUAAGAUUGCUGAUAACAUUGGCUCAGCUUCAUUACUAUUCCAGGUUGCCAUGACAGCUGUUGCCAGGGCUCUCCGUUCCCUGCCAGCAGUCCUGCCUCUCUCCCAGGGAUGUCAAUUUAGACUAAUAGAUGAGCAGACCUGGGCUCUGGUGUUCAGCUUUGUGCCCCUCCCUUCUGAUGGCAGAAAAGCCCCUCAGCCUUGCUCCAAAUUUAUUCAAGUAGCAACCAAGGCCAAGUGGAACCAAGGAAUGAUUGGGCGAUCCAGCAGAGCCCUGGAAUAUUAACCCUGUGUUCCCCAUGACAGGACCCUCUUGUCGCAAGGGAGGAUGCAAGUGGUGAUGAUGCUUUUUAUGUAAAAAUCUCACAUUUAACUCCAAGUCCUCUGGUGAGCUGGAAGCCAGAACAAUUCCAGAUGCCCCUUAUUAAUGGUCUGACUGUGACCCUGAUAAGUUGGCAGAUCUCUCCGGUUUCAGUUUGCUCCUUUAUACCUGAGAGAUUUUCAUCUACACUCCUCACUACUUCAGGGUUUUUGCAGGUACCCAGCAAGUUUUUCAGUAAUCCAAAAACUAAUUUGUAAACAAUGGGACAGUCGUCUCCAUGGAGGAAGACUUCCUAGAAACAGCCUCCCUCUCCCUCUCACCCCCAAGGCCUAAUGCAACCAGUGACUGAAGCCAAUGGUGAGUCAGGAAGAAUGAUGAGAGUGGAGAGGCCACAAGGAGGACAGGGAUCAAGGGCUGAUGCAAUGGGGAAACGGUUCAGAUGGAGGGGCAGGGCUGUGCCCCAAGAAAGAGUUCCUUCCCUUCCCCCAGCCCAGAGAGAUUGCCAGCUGGAACAUCAAGCAGCACUGAUGCCUCCAGGAAGGCCUGGAGGGGGAAGUCACAUUCUUGGAGAGAUAGCAAGAUGGAGAGAGGACUUGGGACCAUACUGGAUGGGGACUGAUUGAAAGCAGAACAAGAACCACUGAUGGAAAGUACAGAGACAGAAUUCAAUCUAAUAAAAGGAAAAACACAUUGAA